GCAGAUCCUGAAAUGCAAAAUUGCAUAGAGAAGACCCUUUACAGUGGUCAUGCUUCGUACAAAUUAUCCCUGUCGACUGGGUAUCUUGAUAUAUGGGAGCCAGCUACAUUGGCAAUAAAAAGGGAUGGUUACAGCAUCAAGUGUAAUGGGCCUAGUCGUGUUGUUGUCACAGAGAAGUUUUCACCAUCAAUAAUUGUCUCUAUUCCAUAUGGCAGUCCAACAGAAUUCUUCAUAAUUGAUUCUCAGGGGAUUGAGCAUCUUCUAAGGGUGGAACAUAGUUCAGCGGAUAUUAGUGGUUCAAGAGAUACAGUGGUUCUUACCCUGAGGUCAUUCAUCAUUAAGGCUGUUGAAAAGAAGAAAGGGAAUAAAAUAGGGUUUUUGUUCAAGUAGAGAACCAAAUCUGGAGGGUGCGCAAAAUCUAUAUGGUGGAAAUGUAUUUUGGGAACACCGUCAUGCAGGCAGGUGAGAAGAAGGGGGAGAAAAGAGGACUUCUUCAAGUAAAGAAUCAUCUUUGGAGGGUGCACAAGAUGUAUAUGGAGUAUAUGUAUCUUUUUUUAUUUAUACGAAAAUUGUAGAAGUCAAAUUGUAUGAAUCUCCAGCUCCCUCAGGUGGAUUUUAAGAGCUCUCUCAACCCCACCCCCACUCCCCAUUCCUCUCUCCUUUCGCCUACUUUCCUCCUCUUUAAUACACAAAUCAUUAAAAUAUGGCACUCCUGAGGUACUAAAAUUUUUCUCCUGAAAAAAGAAAAUAAUGUUAUUUCUGUA